CUUGACUUGAUUAAUUUGAAUCUUGGAACAAAUUGCCUUCCGGAUGCAUGGAUGAACUUAACUCUUUCAGAUAUACAAAAUCUGGCGUCUGCAUUCACAGUGAACUCAGAACUUACUGACUGGCGCAGAUUCUUGCUAGCAGCGGCACAGCCUUGGCCAGUGCCAUCUGUGACACAACUCCUCAAAACGCUACAAAGCUUCAAGUCUGUUGAUGUAGCUGGAUCAGGCGUCGUUACACAGGAAUACUAUAUGCAGGUUGGCUUAUGGUUUAAUGAAGAUGAAGAUCUAAGCAUAACAAAAAGUUGCACAGAACCUUUGCCUUUAGAUAGGAUAAGAAAUCUCCUAAAGACUACACCUUACACCAGUAUAGUGCCAAAUGAGAAAACUUUAAUAGAAGAUGAAAAAAAAGUUUCAAAUUACACGGGUGAAGGAAUAAUUUCAGUCGCAACUCUACUCAAAGUGUUUCAUACUGGAGGAAGUAAAGAUGAUCAUAGAUUCAGUAAUCUGGAUAAGGAAGGCAGCUAUGAUAAGCUUUUCAUCAAAAUAUACAAAGAAUUAGGCACCGAAGAUCUCAGAACCAUUCCAGUUGCACUCCUUUUGAAGCAUCCUUUCAUUCAAGACUUGAUCAACAGCUAUCAAGAAUACAAGCUUCCUGAUAUUAAAAUCUUCCUCCAAAGAUCUGAACAAGCACACUCAACUGAUGGAAAGAACACCACAUGUAAAGACAUCAAUGUAUGAAAAAACCUUGUUCAUGAAAAUUAAGUAAUGGGGUUUUUUAAGUUUGUAAGAAAGGUGUCUUAGAUCUGUAGUCCUCCCACGAGAAAGGAUUGUUUGUUUAUUGUUGCAAGAA